GCACUCAACAGCACACCUGCUGCUCUCAAAGGAAUGAUUUUUUUCCCAGAAUUCCCAGCACUUGCAUGACCAGUAACUGCCCUUUCUCUUCUCUAUUUCCCCUUCUUCACCAGUUUCAUUUUUGGAAUGGCAUCAAAGGGGAUGGUGGUGCUUCUCUUCUCUGCUCAGCUCUGCUCUCCCUUGUAUUUUGAUCCAUUCCUUGAAUGAUUCCAAUUGGUUUGGGCUUUUUUUUUAUGCUUCUUGAUUUGGAUAUGUUUGUUGAAGUUUUCUUGAUUUUCUUGUUUUGUUAGGUUGGGGAUCUGAGGAAAUGGAAGGAGGGAAGAGUUGUGAGUUGGAGGAGGAGUUCCAGAGCUGUUGUGGUGAGGAUGAGGAGUGGCAGGACAGUGAGGAGUGUCUGGAUGAAGGGUUUGUUGAAGAGAUUGAUGAAUUCUCUGUGAGGAUGUUCUUCAAAGGGGUUUCUGUUUCCAAAGGUGAGGGUUUGGGUGCUGGUGUUUCAGGGAUUGGUGUGGUUAUGGAGAGGCCUGUUGGAGGUGCUGCUUUGCAGGUCCAGAAAAAGCUUGAUUUCUUUGUGGAGCAUGCUGUGGCUGAGCACUUGGCUUUGAUGGAUGGCCUUGUGGAGGCUUUGGCCAAUGGUGUUCAGAGAGUCUUUGCCUAUACUGAUUCUCAACAAGUCUAUGAUCAGAUUGCCAAGGCUGAAAUACUCGAAGACCCGCUUUUGGUAGCUCUGGGGUUGAGAAUUCUUGAACAUGCUGAUAAAUUAGAAACUUUCAAUUUAAAACUGGUUCCUAGCUCUGACCUAAAGCUUCCUCUCCGAAUGGCUCUUGAAGCAACUGGUGUGUAUAAUGGUCCUUUUGGCAUCUGCGGUAUGUGCUGUGAGACGAAGCAGCAUUCGGAGACGAUAAAGUUGAACUGUUCCCACCAAUUCUGUUAUGAUUGUUUAGUGAUGUAUGUUGAAGAUGGUGUACAAACUUCACAAUCUCCUAUUUCAUCUUUGAUGGCAAGCUCAUCGAGUCAGUCCACUACCGGUUGCCUUGAGUGCCCACAAUGCCAUACUCUUGCAUGCGUUAAUUGCGGUGCACCAUGGCAUUAUACAAGAACAUGUGAGGAAUAUUAUAACCUUGCUGCGGAGGAUGGAGAGAUUGAUGAUCCUGAUUUAGGUCAGUUGGCACAAAGCAAUAACUGGAGACGCUGUCAGCAAUGCAGGCAAUUGAUCGAGCUCACAGAUGGAUGCCACCACAUGAUCUGCCGAUGCGGCCAUGAAUUCUGCUUCUCCUGCGGUGCCGAAUACAGGGAGGGGUUGCAAAGUUGCCAAUGCGCAUUGUCAGAUGAAGACAAUAUUGAGUUUCCUACAAAUCCUUCUAUCGAUGAAUCGAAUCUGUGGGUUCCAGCAGUAAUGGACGCAUAUUCGGAACAAGAGAGAGCUCAACUGGCUCUAAUACAGAGAUUCCUGGCUGGAGGAUUCGGCCUUAGUGACCACCAGCCCUGCCAAUCACCUCCCCCGUGUUCAGACUCAUACAUGGAUACCAUAAAAGAUCUCUACCAACUACCUUGGCUCGAGAGGUUCGUCUCAGUGAUCAGCGACAGCUACAAUGAUGAACACAUCCAAUGAACAACAGCUUAAUACUGCAAGGAAGAUUUAUUUUUCAGGAAUAAGUUGUUUACUCUCUUUUGCUGUUCUUGAAAUGAUUCACUGAGGGCUUUGCUGAGCUUCAGGACAAAGCUCUGGGUGGUAUCAAUAGUUAGUAAUUUACCUGUUCUUGCAUGUUAUCCAUCAAUUAUAUGAGAUAUGUCACCAUGCAGGACAUUAUUUUAAAAGAAAGAGGAAAAAUAGAAAGGUGAAACAUUGUUUCUUUUAAACAGCUUUAGAUAUGGUGGAAGUUUGUGAAAAUUUAUUA